AUGAACGGCCGCUCCGAAUGCUUAAAGAGCCCCAAAGAGUCCCGUAGAGAUCCCAUAGAGCCACACAGAGUCCCUGAGAGCUCCAUAGAGUCCCUCAGAGUCCCACAGCGUCCCACAGAACCCCACAGAGUCCCUGAGAGCUCCCCCACAGCUUCCCACAGAGUCCCUGGGAGCUUCACAGAGUCCCUCAGAGUCCCACAGCGUCCCACAGAGUCCCUGAGAGCUCCCCCACAGAGUCCCUGGGAGCUUCAUAGAGUCCCUCAGAGUCCCACAGCCUUCCCACAGAGUCCCUCAGAGCCCCACAGAGUCCCUGGGAGCUUCAUAGAGUCCCUCAGAACCCCACAGCGUCCCACAGAGCCCCACAGAGUCCCUGAGAGCUCCCCCACAGCGUCCCACAGAGUCCCUGGGAGCUUCAUAGAGUCCCUCAGAGCCCCACAGCGUCCCACAGAGCCCCACAGAGUCCCUGAGAGCUCCCCCAUAGCGUCCCACAGAGUCCCUGAGAGCUUCAUAGAGUCCUUCAGAGCCCCACAGCGUCCCACAGAGUCCCUCAGAGCUCCAUAG